UCGAUCACGAACGCGUUCGCUGAUCGCGGGCGCUUGUUCGAGGACCUCUCAUGCUCAGCGCGUUCGCAGCACGCCAGGCGGCGAAGGCCGCCUCGGACGAUAAUGCAGGGCCUAGCAAGCCCGCAACACGGAAGCCAGCGAGUUCAGAAAAGCCAAAGCGCGCCACCAAGACGGAGAAGGCACCGAAACCACCUUCGAUCUCCGUUCCCCCACGUUCAGCAAAGCGAUCGUCAUCCUCUGCUGCCGAGUCGAGCACACCUAGGAAGAGGAAGCGCGCAAUCCGACCUUCCAAUGGCACUGCGGCCCCAGCUACCGAUGCAUUCGGUGAGCAAGACGACAUGAUCGUGGUCCCUCCAGACUCGGACGACGAGGACUCUGAGAACUCUGACAUCGACUUCAUUGUGGACCUUCCUUCUGAAGAGCCUGCACCAGCCCCACGCGCCUGGUCACCCAGCGCACCUGCCCUCGAAGACCUCCCGCCCGCACCCUCCGCCUCCGUCCCUCAUCCUCCCGACAUCCUGUCGACCUUCGAACCUAUACCCGAUCAGAAUGUAUUCCAUGUCGACCCCCAAGAGCUUACGAUUGGCGCCACCGUCUCCUCGGCUGCCUCGAGUGCAUUUCUGGUUCUCGAUGAGGGCGCAAGAGCAUGCUUUGUCGGAAAUUACAACCUGACCAUCGUUAGGGGCGCGGUCACCCUUGCAGGGACCAAAUUGCGCGCUUCACCCUCGGCGCAUCGCGUGUUUGCUCCCACGUCGUCACCGCUGCCAGUGAUCAAAGCCGCUGCGGACGACCGACCACCAUUAUCUGUUCCCUCGCGACUGCAGGGUAUCGUGAAGAACGCCAUCUGCGUCGUUCUCGUUCAAUCUCUCACAACGGGUGUCGAAGGAUUGCAGAGAGUCUGCCAACGCUUCGAAGGGGUGUUCACUCCUAGGGGGCCUGCGCGACUAUUGCCUGGGUUCCACAACCUCUAUCUUGUCUACGAGCCAAGCCGCGACACGGAGGUCUUCACUCUACCGCAUACAUGGAUCUCCGCCAUGGCCGAAGUUACCAAUGCGGAUUCGUCUGUUACGCUCGUCAAGGGCCCGAAGAAAUGCGGGAAGAGUACAGCCGUGCGCACACUAGUGACCAAGCAGCUCGAGAAGUACGUCUUCCGUCUCACGCCUAUCGACCUGUUAUCUGAUGACUAUUCCUCUGCAGAUAUCACCGCGUAGCCCUCCUCGAAUGCGAUGUUGGCCAAUCCGAGUUUACCCCCGCAGGGAUGGUAGCCUUGAAUGUGAUCUCGCGACCAGUCUU